GUCUACUCAACGUACCCAAUACUUGCUCCUAUAGAAGCUGCUCUGCUGCUUGCUAGCUAGCUAGAAUUUGUAAGUAUCUCAAUUUCCCCAAUGGGCAGCUCCUCCUCCUCCUCCUCCUGGUCAUCAUCAUCAAGUUUCACCUCGUGGAUAAUGUUGGGCCUGCUGGUGUUAACUCUGGCAAGUUUUGCUCCUCUGGCUGCAGAGGCUAGGGCUUUCUUUGUUUUUGGUGACUCUCUAGUUGAUAAUGGCAACAAUAAUUAUCUUGCAACCACUGCCCGAGCUGAUUCUCCUCCCUAUGGCAUUGAUUUUCCCACUCGUCUACCCACCGGCCGUUUCUCUAAUGGCCUUAACAUCCCCGACCUUAUCAGUGAGGCAAUUGGCACAGAAUCCCCAAUGCCAUACUUAAGUCCAUUUCUCAAAGGAGAAAAACUGCUUGCAGGCGCCAACUUUGCUUCUGCUGGAAUUGGGAUUCUCAAUGACACAGGAAUUCAAUUUGUAAACAUCAUUAGAAUGUACAAGCAAUUGGAAUACUUCCAACAAUACCAGCAAAGGGUUACUGGGCUUAUUGGAGCUGAGCAAACUCAGAGAUUAGUUAAUGAAGCACUUGUCCUUAUGACCGUGGGAGGCAAUGACUUUGUUAACAACUACUAUUUGGUCCCCUUCUCUGCUAGAUCUCGCCAAUUCUCCCUCCCAGACUAUGUAGUCUACGUCAUCUCCGAGUACCGAAAACUUUUAGUCAGGGUAUAUGAGCUGGGUGCACGUAGAGUUUUGGUGACUGGCACCGGACCUUUAGGCUGUGUUCCGUCGGAAAUAGCUCAGAGGGGCAUAAACGGACAAUGCUCCGUUGAAUUGCAGAGAGCAGCCGGCUUGUUCAACCCACAGCUUGUACAAAUGAUCACUGAACUCAAUCGCGAAAUUGGAUCCGAUGUUUUUGUAGCAGCAAAUGCAUAUCAAAUGAACAUGGAUUUCAUCAACAACCCUCAAGCAUUUGGAUUUGUGACAUCCAAGGUUGCGUGCUGUGGGCAAGGACCUUAUAAUGGGAUUGGAUUAUGCACAGUAAUAUCAAACUUGUGUCCCAACAGAGACAUCUAUGCCUUUUGGGAUGCAUUCCAUCCAUCAGAGAGGGCCAAUAGAAUCAUUGUUCAACAAAUGUUGAGGGGCACCACCAAAUAUAUGCACCCAAUGAAUCUCAGCACCAUCAUGCUUUUGGAUUCUAGGACCUAAUUACCAAUUACAUGAAGUCUUUCUAUUAAACCAUGUCAUGGACAAUAUUAUUCUUUAUUAUGCAUGGUCCAUAUUAUUAAGUUGGUGGGUUUUUUAUAUUUUCUUUUUUUUUUUUUAGUGUGUUUAAUUUUCACUGGGCGAUUAUCUCUAUCAAAUUUCAUGUUGGCUACAUGGGUAAGCAUUGGCUAAAAUCUGUCUCUCUUCAAUAAAUUUUACACUAUGUAAUAGUGGAUUGUUGUUCCUGUCUCAA